AUGCUUGAAGCUUACUUAGCAUCCAGUAGUCUCUUUGCGUCCGGGAAAUGGAUCAGCGGUCCCAGCAGAAACAGGCGCACCCGCCCUUUCCAUUGCGCUAUCAGAGCACAGCAGAGCGGCCUGACCGAGCCAGCAGCCGUCACCAGGGUUCGAGUUGAGCGGCAGACCCACCUGCCAGCCAGCAGGGAGGAAGCCUGGGCCGCGCUCAAGCAGCUUGUACCGGCAGAGAAAUGGCAGGAGAUGUCUGCCGUCUUUGUUGGUCUAGAGAACAUUUACAGGGCUGAGAUGCAGGUGGUUGGAGAGCAGGCGCUGCAAAGCCUGCGCAUUGCCAACGAUGCUCUCGAGCCAUUGGCGCCCGAGCCUUCCAAGCAGCCCAAUCGCAAGUCUAGGAGGAGGACAAAGCGCGGGGAGUCGUCCCCACCCAUGCCUUCCAUCCCAUUGGACACAGCUAAAGCUGCUCAGGCUUCCUAUGAGGACGAGGGAGCCCCUGACAGCAGCGGCAGGAAUACCUCUUCAGACGGCAUUGCAGCCUCUGAAGACAUGAAAAUAGCGGAGGAGCGCUACGCAGCCAUCGCAGAGAGCAGCAGCAGUCGCGAUGCAGCUGCCGUGCAGCCGGAAGGAAGCAGCGCAGCAGGCAGCAGCAAGAACGGAAAGGCGGAUCUGAAUGGCACAGGCCAGGGACUGGAUAUCAAUCCUGAACCCUCCUCCGUGCCACUGCGUGUUGCGGUGGAUCACACCAGCAAGAACGAUGACACCGCCAGUGAGUCGGAGGUGAAGCCGGAGGUGCUGAGCAGCGAGGAGGGCGUCCAAGUGGAGAGCGCCAGCCGCAUGGACUAUGACCGCAGCAAGUGGAUGCGAGCUAGCGCUGAGGAGCUGGUGGACCCGGAGAAGGCCGACGCAGAAUUCAUGCGCUGCCUGCUGCAGCUGCUCAGGAAGGCGCACUUUGCGCAGCUGAACGAUCGUGACGAGGCAAUGUCGCGCAGCCUGAACAGUGACUACCUGGACCAGCUGCUCAUCCGCGCCGACACCAGCCGCCUCGAUGGCCGCCUCGUCGCGCACGCCGCCAUAGACCGGCCCCUCCCCGAAGAGGAGCACGCCCUUCUCGUAUUCAAGCGCGGGUAUGGGCAGGGCACGCGCAGGGGGCGCAUGCUGGUGGCCAAGCUGGACUAUCUGCAGCUCUUAGUCAUCAAGGGGUCCCUCUCCUAUCUUGGCAAGCAGACCUCCCGAGCCUGGCGCGCCGUCAAGAAGAGCCUGACCACCGGCGCGACAGAGGAUGUCAUGAGCAUCGGGGAGGAGGAAAUGGAGGAGACAACGUGGGAGCGGGUGCAGAAUGGGUGGGCCGCAGCCGGCAGGAAGCUGUCGGACUGGGGCAUUGUCUCCCCACGUCUCAUGCUCGCCGGCGGCGGCCUCUUCCUCACCCUCUCCAACUGGGGUCUCCUGCCCUCGGUGGACGUGCUGCCAAUAGAGCGGUUCAACGCUGUGUGGCGGCCGAGCGAGCCAGAGCGGCUGCAGCCGGUGUAUGUGCAGCGGGUGACCAUCCGGGAGGCCCUGCGGGGGGACCUCUGGGCCAACCUCUUCGGCACCGUCCAGCUGGUGGAGCCCACCUUCGGGGAGCUGCUGGUGCUGUACCGGCGCAAGACGGAGCGCAACCGCAUAGCCGAGCUCAAGGAGCGCAUCCUAGGCGGCAACGGCGCGCCGCGGCUGCUGCGGCGCGAGCCGGUGACGCUCAAGGUUCUGCGUGACAUCCCCGUCCCUUCCUGGAAGCUGGUCUUCCCUGACAAGCUGCUCCAGUUCCGGCCUCUCGACGGCCUGCGCGCUGACUUGCUCACUGUCGCUGGUCUGCUGGCAUUUGUUGCGCAGGCCAAGUACGACUCCUUCAUCCUGGAGGUCAUUACUACGGUGUCGGCUGUGACACUGGUCGUGCGCGUCAUCCUGGGCUACAACAGAAUGGCACAGAGGUAUGAGAAGAUGGAGAACAAGCUGCUGGCGGAGAGCACAGUGGCAGGGCAGGGUGCGACCGUGCAGUACCUGGCAGCAUGCGCAGCGCUGCAGCAGUGGGAGCAGUCUGCUCUGGCGUUCCUGCUGCUCAGUGACUCACCCGAGCCCCUGUCCGCCGACCAGCUCAGCGCCGCUGUCGAGAGCCUCCUCGAAGACAACUUCAGCGUGCGGGUUCGUUUUGAUGCGGCUGAAGCGCUGAGUGAGUUGCAGCGCUUGCAGCUGCUGGAUGUGACUCAGGAGGGAAGUGAUGGGUCAGGGGCUGGAGCAUACACAGCUGUGGCCCCCGCAAGGGCAUUAGAGCAGCUGAAGACGCAGUGGGACAUGUUUCUGGAGGGCUGCUUGACGAGGAGGCUAGAGGAUGCUAUGUGA